UCAGUGGCUCACUCACUCACAGAGGCUCACAGUGCAGAAAAGAUGGAGAUUAUAGCUGUAGCCCUGCUGUUAGUGGCUGUGGGACAGGCGUUUACCAAACCUCUUCCUGAAGACGAGCCAGAGAGAGAGACAUGGCUAUUAGCAGAGAGGUAUCUCAGGCGGUACUACGGCAUGCAACCCGGUCUUCUGGGAAAAUCCAAAACUUCCGACGUGAUGACCGAGAAGAUCCGUGCCAUGCAGACAUUCUUCAACCUGGAGGUGACUGGAAAGCUGGACGAAGACACGCUGGACAUUAUGAAGAAGGCCAGAUGUGGAGUGCCAGAGGUAGCAGAGUAUAAUCUCUUCCCCAGGAAGCCGAAAUGGCAGAACACGCUUGUGACAUUCAGAAUAACCAACUACACUCCUGAUCUGAAGAAGGAGGAUGUAGAUCGAGCGAUUCAUAAUGCCCUUAAGGUCUGGAGCAUUGUAACUCCUCUGAAGUUCAAAAGGUUGCACGAAGGAAACGCCGACAUCAUGAUCAGCUUCGGGAGACUAGAACACGGAGAUCACAACCCCUUCGACGGCCCUGAGGGACUCCUCGCCCACGCUUACCCACCAGGGGCAGGCAUCGGCGGAGACACGCACUUCGACGAGGAUGAAACAUGGACGAAAGACUCACACGAGUACAACCUCUUCUUAGUUGCGGCUCACGAGUUCGGUCACGCUCUCGGCAUGGCUCAUUCUAACGAUCCUGGCUCGCUGAUGUUCCCAGUUUACUCGUACACCAGUGAGUUUCCUCUGUCUGAAGAUGACAUCAAAGGCAUUCAAGACCUCUACGGUCCCAACCCGGAUCACGAGAAGUUCAAACCCAAACCUGAAGCUCCGAAGAAAUGCGACCCUGAGUUAAGCAUAGAUGCCAUAACAGAGCUUCGAGGAGAGACGCUCAUUUUCAAAGACAGAUAUUUCUGGCGUGUGCACCCGCAGUUCACCGAACCCGAGCUCUCACUCAUUAAAUCCACAUGGCCUCAACUCCCGAAGAAAAUAAACGCAGCUUAUGAGAACCCUCAGAAAGACAUCGUCAUCAUAUUCAGUGGUAUCAGAAUGUGGGCACUGAAUGGUUACACCUUGGUGCCAGGCUACCCAAAAUACAUCCACAAACUGGGACUCCCAAAAUCCGUUCGCAAAAUAGAUGCUGCGGUUCACAUUCGCGACAAGGGCAAGACUCUGCUCUUCACUGACGAGGAGUACUGGAGUUACGAUGAAGAGAGAAGCACCAUGGAUCAUGGAUACCCCAAGUCUAUAAAAGACAGCUUUCCUGGGAUGCGUGAAAGAGACGGGGAUGAGGUGGACGAGGUGGAUGCUGCCACCUACAGAAACGGAUACUUGUACUUGUACCACGAGAACCUGCAGUAUGAGUACAGCUACGAGAGACGGAAAGUGGUACGCAUCCUGAGAGCCAACGAGCUGCUCAACUGCUGAGCUCUUAUUGUACGCAUGUCUCAAAACAUUUACUUUUUAAUACUUACACACUUUAAAAAUGUGAUAAUUCAGUUUUUAUUUAUGAAUUUCUAACUACUGAGCUGGUUCAGUAAAAAAUAAACAACAGUUCUGAUUAUUUAAGGAUGUAUUUAUAGUUCAGUGAAAUUGUACCUAAGGACAGUGUUCAUAAGGCUACAUAACACCUAUAUAAUCCUUUUAGGACAACAAUCAGUUGUCGUAACUUGUGUUACUUGUGUUAUUUGACGUCAUAAUUGACAAACCGUUAUUUAUAACAGUUGACAUAAGUCUACACAGAUGUUAUGCCCUAUAAGGGGCUUAUUCCAACAGGCAUAAGGUGUCAUGAAGACAUCAUUCAUCAGAUUAGCCUUAGCUUAAUGUGAUACUAACAAAAGAAGCAUGACACUUGACAUAAACCUACAUAGAGCUUAUUCUAGAUGGAGGGUUAUGCCAAAGGGCGUUAGAUGUCAUAACAUCCUGUUUUGUCUCUUAUAAUGUCAUGUUUUAUGUGAAUUUUAUGUGACAUAAUAGGCAUUGACAAAUAAAUAGGUAUCUAUGGCAAUCGAUAUAAAUCUACAUAGAUCUUAUUUCAUCUCAUAAGGGCAGUUGUGUGCCAGUUGUGGGCAGUUGUCCAACAGUUGUGUGAUGUUAUAAAGUCUUUUUAGCAAUUAUGAUGUCAUUUGACUUUGAGGUGUUAAUAGAACUUGGCAUCAUCACUGAAGAAAAUAGUCUUUAGGACAAACUUUCAUGGAUCUUAUGUCAUGUGCAGGUUUAUUUCAAGAGGUCUCAGAUACAGUACAGCCUCUAUGACUCCUGUUGGAAUAAGGCUUUAUAUGGAACAAGAUCAUGUCAGCUUAUGCAACAUCUUUAUCAUGUGACUACUAUCAAAUUACACUGAGCUACAAAGUCAGGUGUCAUAACGUCCUAACGUAGCUAUAAAUCAGCUCAGAAUUACACAAUAUGUCCAGUUAACUUAACUCUUUCAACUAGACAGCAAAACUAAUGAAAGCAGUUAUAAACAGUUAUGAAGGUGUCACGUAGCCUUGGGAACACUACCACUAAGUACAGUUUGUCAUACAGUUUCAUGAGUCUGGAACCAUGUGGAAUAAUUCAGAUCUGAUGAUGACGUGACGAUGAAAUAAAGUCUUCUGUGUUGACUCACGGAUUGAGAAUAUUUAACACGUUAUUUAUGAGGUCAUUGGGAACGUUGAAUAAAAUAAA